AUGCAGCUCUCGUUGCCGUCAUCGUUGCUUUCGCUGAUUGGCCUCGUGCUGGCCGUGCCUGACAGCCACUCGGCACUGGACCUCGCGCUAGCCAACCGCCGCCGGCAGCUUGUUCAUCGUGCCUCGCCAGACUCGCCGUCUGGAGGCUACGCACCGGCAAACGUCGACUGCCCGUCGGCGCGACCAACCAUUCGCAGCGCGCACAACCUCUCAACUUCAGAAUCGGAUUGGCUGGACAAGAGGCGACAGAAUGUCUUGGAUCCCCUGAGUGCAUUUCUGAGUGCUUCCAACAUUACCGACUUUGAUGCAGAGUCGUACAUUUCCUCCAACAAGGACAAUUUGACAGCCAUUCCCAAUGUCGCCAUUGCCGUAUCCGGAGGUGGGUACCGUGCCUUGAUGAACGGUGCUGGUUUCAUCGCUGCUGCCGACAGUCGCGUCAAUGGAUCAUCGGAAGCCAGUGGUAUCGGUGGACUCUUACAGGCGAGUACAUAUCUUGCCGGUCUCUCUGGCGGUGGAUGGCUUGUUGGAUCCAUCUAUGCAAACAACUUUUCCACCGUGGUAGAGCUCCGAGACGGCAGUCCAGGCUCGUCUGUCUGGGCCUUUGACAGAUCCAUCUUUCAAGGUCCCGAGGAAUCUGGAAUUUCCAUUCUCAACACUGCCUCGUACUGGGACGACAUCGCCAAUCAGGUUGAUGCCAAGCGUGACAUUGGUUACGAUGCCUCCAUUACCGAUUACUGGGGUCGAGCUCUCUCUUAUCAGCUGAUUAAUGCAACCGACGGCGGGCCAGCCUAUACUUUUUCGUCGAUUGCCGACUCGCAGGACUUCAAGGAUGCCAACCAACCCAUGCCCAUACUUGUCGCAGAUGGACGUGUGCCUGGUGUCAAGGUCAUUACUCUCAACGCUACGGUGUAUGAGAUGAACCCCUGGGAAAUUGGGACAUUUGAUCCCACCGUUUUUGCAUUUGCGCCCAUCAAGUAUGUUGGGUCCAACUUCACCAACGGCAGUGUACCAGACGAUGGACACUGCGUGGAGGGCUUCGAUCAAUAUGGCUACGUCAUGGGCACAAGCAGCUCGCUUUUUAACCAGUUCAUUUUGCAAAACUUGACUUCGUCCGGCAUUCCCGACUUUCUGGUCAGCACUAUCCAGGAUAUUCUGGACUGGCUUGGAGAGGAGGACGAUGAUAUCGCCGAUUGGGCACCGAAUCCCUUUUAUGGCUACGACGCGACAGGCAACAACUACAACGUCGAUCAGGAAUCCUUGACUCUUGUUGAUGGAGGAGAGGAUUUGCAAAACAUUCCUCUCCAUCCUCUGAUCCAGCCCGAACGAGCAGUGGAUGUAAUCUUUGCCGUAGACUCUUCAGCAGACACGACGUAUAAUUGGCCAAACGGAACGGCGCUUCGGGCCUCGUAUGAUCGGAGCAAGGGCAGCAUUGCCAACGGCACAGAAUUCCCAGCCGUACCCGAUGCUGAGACGUUUAUCAACCUUGGUCUCAACAGGAAACCCACAUUCUUUGGUUGCGAUGUCAACAACUUUACCUCGCCCGACAAUGCCCCGCCUCUGGUUGUCUACAUUGCCAAUACACCCUAUACAGCCUGGAGCAAUGUCUCCACAUACGACCCGAGCUAUGCCGAUGAUGAGCGCAACAACAUAAUUCAAAAUGGAUACAAUGUCGGCACCAUGGGUAAUGGCACGCUUGGCGAUAGCGGCAACUGGAGAACCUGCAUUGGAUGCGCCAUCAUGUCGCGAACCUGGGCCAAGGCUGGGGCAGAUGUGCCGUCUGUGUGCCAAGACUGCUUCACCGAGUACUGCUGGGAUGGCACCGUUAAUAGCACUGCCGUCGGCUCCUUUGAGCCGGAGCCUUUUCUCACACUUUCUGCCGAGAGUGCUGCAGUGUCCUUUGUGAAACAGGGACCUGCCGGCCUGAUGUCGUGCAUAAUGGGCAUUACCUUAUUGCUACUGGCAUUCUAA